AUGGCUACAGCCUUAGAAACAGAAGGCCAGCAUCCUUGUGAAAAAGAGGGGAUCCUGAUGGUGAAAUUGGAAGAGGAUCUCCCCUGUAGACCAGAGACCAUCUUACAGAGGGACGACCCAGUACCUGAGACCUCCCACCAGCAUUUCCGACGAUUUCGCUACCAGGAAGCAGCAAGCCCUCGUGAAGCGCUCAUUCGGCUCCGGGAACUGUGUCAUCAGUGGCUGAAGCCAGAGAGGAGAACGAAGGAGCAGAUCCUUGAACUGCUUGUGCUGGAACAGUUUCUCACCGUCCUGCCUGGAGAACUGCAGAGCUGGGUGCGGGGACAACGGCCAGAGAGUGGCGAGGAGGCAGUGACUCUGGUGGAGGGUUUGCAGAAACAGCCCAGGAGACCAAGGCGGUGGGUGACUGUCCAUGUUCACGACCAGGAAGUCCUGUCAGAGGAGUCAGCGCAUCUCGGAGCAGAGCCUGAGUUACUACCCAGUGAGCUGCAGGCUCCUGUACAGACCCCAACCCCAAAGGAAUCUCAAAAGGAGACAGCACAGAGCCCAGAUCCAGAUGUGGAGGCACCAGAAGAGCAGAGUUUGGGUCCUGAAGAGGAGCCCCAUCCACGCCAGGAGAGCGAGUGUCCAGUGCUCCAGGACCCAGACAUUCGUGAAGAAAGGAAUACUGGGGACCCAGAGAUGGUAGCCCUUCUGACUGCCCUGUCACAGGGGCUGGUAACUUUCAAGGAUGUGGCUGUAUACUUCUCCCAGGACCAGUGGAGUGAUCUGGAUCCAGCACAGAAAGAGUUCUAUGGAGAGUACGUCUUGGAAGAAGACUGUGGAAUUGUGGUUUCUCUGUCAUUUCCAAUCCCCAGACUAGAUGAGAUCUCCCAGGUUAGAGAGGAAGAGUCUUGGGUCCCAGAUAUCCAAGAGCCUCAAGAGCCUCAAGAGACAGAAAUCCUGAGUUUUACCUACACAGGAAACCAGAGUGAAGAGGAAGAAGAAUAUCCCGAGCAGGAAGAUCUGAGUUGUGAUGAUCUACAAAGGUCUGUGGUGAUAGAUCCAGAAAUUCAACCAACGCCUGAUUGGGACCUACUCUUUGGGGAUAAUCCAAGCAGACUUAAUGAAAUGAGAUUUGGUACAAAUAUUCCUCAAGCUGAUAGUUUCACAGAUCUUCAAGAAACUGUGCCCUUCCACCCCUUGUUAGAGAGUCAUCAUGACUGUCCUGUAUGUAGUAAAAACUUCACUUGCAACUCUCACCUUGUUAGACACCUGAGAACUCACACAGGAGAGAAACCCUAUAAAUGUAUAGAGUGUGGGAAAAGUUACACACGGAGCUCACAUCUUGCCAGGCACCAAAAGAUUCACAAGAUGGAGGCUUUUCAGUUUCUGAACCAGAAGAAUGUAGAUGAGACCUUACCGCUGAUCCAAACUGAGGGGACACCAUCUAUUGAGAAACCCUAUAGAUGUGACGAUUGUGGGAAACAGUUCCGCUGGGCUUCAGAUCUUGUCAGACACCAAAGGACACAUACAGGAGAAAAACCCUUUUUCUGUACUAUUUGUGGCAAAAGCUUUAGUCAGAAAUCUGUACUAACAACACACCAAAGGAUUCACCUUGGAGAUAAACCCUAUUUGUGUGGAGAGUGUGGAGAGGAUUUCCCUGACCACAAGCUGUAUCUGGCACACCAAAAAACGCAUGCAAACGAAGAACUUUACCUGUGUAACGAGUGUGGGCGGUACUUCAACCACGGUGCAGCUUUUGCCAGGCACCUGAGAGGACAUGCGUCAGUGACGCCCUCCCAAUGCCAUGAAUGUGGGAAAAACUUCAGUCGAAGAGACCACCUCGUCAGGCACCUGAGAACACACACUGGCGAGAAGCCAUUUACUUGUCCUACCUGUGGAAAAGGCUUCAGCAGAGGAUACCACUUAAUCAGGCAUCAAAGGCUUCACUCUGAAAAGACCCCCUAG